UGCUCGCUGGCCGACAACCAGGUCCAUCUGCGAGCUCCUACCCCCAGCCUUCCAGUCGAUAGUCGCGCGGGAGGCGGGGCGGGGAGCCCGGCCCUUCCGGGUUCCCGUACCGACCGGGGCGGAGAAGAAAGAAGGGAAUCGACGGGCUCUGAUGACGCUCGCCCCGCCGUGGCGAACCGUGAUGAUGUCAUCGAGGGCCAGCCCUUACACGAGCGACUCUCUUCCGAGCUGCACCAGAGCAUGAGGAACUUAUGGAGGCAAUUUGGAUUCUCAAGAAUACUUUUCAAAGUGGAAACCUGUAGAAUAUCUGAAUCAGAAUCAUUGGCUCCACUUGCUCGGACGUCACAGAUACAGAAACUUAGCAGAGCACCUGGUAUUUUCUUGCUGGAUCAAAGGAGAAGAUUCUCCACCAUGACUGAAAUAGAAACAAACCAGAGAGACUCUGAAUUGUUUUUACCACCCUCUAAUGUUCGAGGAAUGACAAAACUUGAUAGAACAGCUUUUAAAAAGACAGUCACCAUCCCAGUACUUAAAGUGAGGAAAGAAAUAGUCAAUAAAUUGAUGCGAUCCCUUAAAAGGGCAGCACUGCAGCGCCCAGGCAUAAAACGUGUAAUUGAAGAUCCAGAAGAUGAAGAAAGUAGACUAGUUAUGUUGGAUCCCUAUAAAAUAUUUACUGAUGGUUCCUUUGAGAGAGCAGAACUCAGUAUUUUAAAGCAGCUUAAUGUCAGUCCACAGAUACAUAAAUAUAAUUUGGAACUCACUUACGAAAACUUUAAGUCAGAAGAAAUCUUGAGAGCUGUGCUUCCUGAAGGUCAAGAUGUGACUUCAGGAUUUAGCAGAGUUGGACAUAUUGCCCACCUGAACCUUCGAGAUCAUCAACUACCUUUCAAGCAUUUAAUUGGUCAAGUUAUGAUUGACAAAAAUCCAGGAAUCACCUCAGCAGUAAAUAAAAUCAAUAACAUUGAUAAUACGUACCGAAAUUUCCAAAUGGAAGUGCUGUCUGGAGAGGAGAACAUGAUGACCAAGGUUCGAGAAAACGGCUACACCUAUGAAUUUGAUUUUUCGAAAGUCUAUUGGAAUCCUCGUCUCUCUACAGAACACAGUCGUAUCACAGAACUUCUCAAAUCUGGAGAUGUGCUAUUUGAUGUUUUUGCUGGGGUUGGGCCUUUUGCCAUUCCAGUAGCAAAGAAAAAUUGCACUGUAUUUGCUAAUGAUCUCAAUCCUGAAUCCCAUAAAUGGCUAUUGCACAAUUGUAAAUUAAACAAAGUGGACCAAAAGGUGAAAGUCUUUAACUUGGAUGGGAAAGACUUCCUUCAAGGACCAGUCAGAGAAGAGUUAAUGCAGCAGCUGGGACCACUGUCAAAAGAAAGAAAACACUCUGUGCACAUUGUCAUGAACUUGCCAGCAAAGGCUAUUGAAUUUCUCAGUGUUUUCAAAUUGCUUUUAGAUGGGCCGCCAUGUGGCAUUGAGCUCCUUCCCAUAGUGCACUGUUACAGCUUUUCCAAAGACCCUAAUCCUGCUAAGGAUGUUCAGCAGCGAGCUGGGGCUGUGUUAGGCAUUUCCUUGGAGGCAUGCAGUUCAGUUCACCUAGUAAGAAAUGUAGCCCCUAACAAGGAAAUGUUAUGUAUCACCUUUCGGAUUCCUGCUGCUGUGCUCUACAAGAACCAGACCCUAACUCUAGAGAAUCAGGACGACCCACCUCUUAAACGCCAGAAGACAGAUAAAGUCUUUUCAGAAGAAAAAACUCAAAUUGCUUCAGUCACUUCAUUGGAAAUGUCUUCUCCAUCUCCCCAUUAGACCUUUAUGUAAUAAAAUAUAAUGACUUCAUAAAA